UCUCCCGCCGCGCCUUCGCCAGAAUAAAACGCCCAUCCGUCCAUUUCCUUCUCCUCUCCCCACUGGCGACCGUUUCCAUCUUUCCUGUUCCCCUCCCACGUCUCUCCCCUCUCUCCCCCUCCCGUUAAAAAUUAUAUUCCUUCUCUCUUAUAUUUAGCAAUGCUUCCGUCCAUCGGUUCGAUUCUUGGCCGGCUUAUAUCCUCCCAUUUCAUUUCCUCUCCUCUCCCUCGGUCCCACGCUUUCCCCUCCCCGCCCCACGAAUUCUCCGUAAUUCCCAGCUGCAUUGAUGGGUUCGGAGGAAGAAAACCCCGUUGCCCGAACCCAGGAGGAAGUUUUCUAUUAGUUCUUUUGUGUGCAGAUAGAGGUUUCUGCCUGUGAUUUUUUGGGGAGAAGGCAGAGAAUUAGGAUAUUUCUUUGUGAGAUUCUGAGAACAAAUUCACAGGUGCUUCAGAUCCUGGUAGCAUAUUUUGUACAUUGAGGAAUACCAUGCCAUCAGAUAAGGAAUCAUUUGAUGACAAUGAAAUAGAUCCAGUUCCCAAGAACAACAUUGAUUCAUCAAGAACAACAGAACCUGACCCUGGGUCAGGCAUAUACCCCAAUCCAUGCCCAAGUCCGAGAGACCAUGCAACUUCAGAAGCUACAUCGGCGAAAGCGUCGCAUAACAAUAAAAACUUGGACCCAGUUGUCAAAUAUGGUACAAACUUUACAAACAAUUUAUUUCCAAGCCCAAGCCAUUACCCAAGCCCUUGUCCGAGCCCAAAAUUGCCAGCCAUUUCUGAAACAAAUUCAACAUCACCUUGUACCUCAUCCUCAACAGGGGUGACUGCAACAACAGUGGGUACAAAGACCAGUGAUGCAAUGCUGAGUGACUCCUCUACCAACCAUAGUCAAGGUAGCUGCAACAGCACUCGAAGUAACAGCAUAGACAGCAGCACCUCUGCCCCGGUCAAGCGGCAUACAGGAGGUGAUUGUCGCUGGGAGGCAAUUCAAUUGGCAAAUGCUAGAGAAUCCCCUAUUGGCCUGGGUCAUUUUAGGCUCCUCAAGCGCUUGGGUUAUGGUGACAUUGGGAGUGUGUAUCUUGUUGAACUUAGGGGAACUGGUGCCUACUUUGCAAUGAAAGUGAUGGACAGGGCCACAAUUAUAAGUAGAAAUAAGCUACUCCGGGCUCAAACUGAAAGGGAGAUUCUCAGCCUUCUCGACCAUCCUUUCUUGCCAACUUUGUAUUCUCAUUUUGAGACUGAGAAGUUUUAUUGCCUGGUGAUGGAGUACUGCAGUGGUGGCAAUCUCCAUUCUCUUCGGCAGAAGCAGCCCAACAAGUAUUUCAGCGAGCAAGCUGCUCGAUUUUAUGCUUCUGAGGUGUUGCUCGCGCUGGAGUACUUGCACAUGCUGGGUGUUGUAUAUAGGGACUUGAAGCCCGAGAAUGUGCUCGUGAGAGAAGAAGGCCAUAUCAUGCUGUCCGAUUUUGAUCUAUCUCUUCGGUGUUCUGUCAGCCCAACGCUUGUUAAAUCCCCCUCGACUCAAUCAAGCAGCAAUGGCGGUGCAUAUGGUAUGCUCGACAACGAUCAUGUUGUGCAGAGCUGCAUCCAGCCAUCCACAUUCCUUCCCCGUAUACUCCCCAAGAGGAACCGCAAGUCUAAAUCAGACGUUAGCUUUAGCAAUGGUCCCCUCCCAGAAUUCAUGGCAGAGCCAACGAAUGCUCGCUCGAUGUCAUUUGUCGGGACUCACGAAUAUCUCGCCCCAGAGAUUAUUCGAGGGGAGGGACAUGGGAGUGCGGUGGACUGGUGGACGCUCGGCAUCUUUCUAUACGAGCUGCUGCAUGGGACGACCCCUUUCAAAGGCUCAGGGAAUCGUGCCACUCUUUUCAAUGUGGUAGGCCAGCCACUGAGGUUCCCGGAUGAACCAUCUGUAAGCCUAGCUGCCCGAGAUCUCAUCCGUGGACUACUUGUCAAGGAACCUCAGAAACGAAUUGCAUACAGGAGGGGUGCCACUGAAAUUAAACAACACCCGUUCUUUGAGGGGGUGAACUGGGCAUUGGUGCGAAGCAACACACCGCCACAUAUUCCAGACCCAGUGGACUUUGGGCAGUUUGCCAGUAAGGAGAAGAAGACCACCGAAAAUGGUUUUGGUGGGGCUGGUGGAGGCAAGAGCAAUCCAAAUGAUUCUUCUUACCUUGAUUUUGAGUAUUUCUAGGUAGGUGUUUGCUGACGUCUGGGAAGAUAUCAGGAGAAUUUUAUGUAAACGAGAGCUGGCUUCAAAUAUUCUUACAGGCAUGAGUGCAAUAAGUGUUACAUUGCCGAGGAUUAAAAGGUUUCUGCGAAAGUGCCUUUCUUUUUUUUUUUAUUGGUGAUUCUGCGAAGUUUCAUAAAUUCAUCUGAUUGUUACCAUUACUUAGGAACUGUUUGCUCAUAUUUGGUAGGUUAUUUUUUAUCUUCCUUUUCUCCACUAUAGCAGACUGCCAAUAAUUGUUUAUAAGUAAUAUAUAGUUCUGACUUGGAGCAAGUUCUGCACCAUUCAUAGCUAAGGUUUGGUUCCUCAUGACUAAAACCUUGUGGCCGGCCUGUGCAUGCAUGGCGUUUGGCCUUUGUAUCGGAGUUAUGGCUUCCAGUCGAGUGCAACCUGCUUGAAGCACCUAGCCACCAGACCUUGAGUCAGAUCCAGCACAUUGCUAGCAGAAGCUGAUUUUGAUUGAUUUUUGAGAGCUGAAGGUUUUGUUGAGACCAAGUGAUACUGCUAUAGGUUUUUUUGAGGAAAAUCGAACAAUUGUUCUCACAAUGGCAAUUAUGGGUUUUAUCGCAUAACUAAGAUGCCUCAUGUUUGGUGUUA